CUUUUGCAGGUUACUUGGAAGUAGACUGAGAGCAUUUCAGGAUGGGGGUUGCAUUAAAAAGUACCAACAAAUUUCUAAGCUUUAGCAUGGUCUCGGUUGCCUCUCUUGUGGCCAUUGUCCUAACUGUGCUCCUAGUGCAUGAUGUACUAAUUCACAAGGAAAGUGAAAGAGACAGUGACAUAGAAGGAAACAGAAGGGCGAUCACCUCUCGGAAGCUGCUGCAAUCUGCUGUUGCAGAUAGGGACACAAACCGUAUAGGCAAGGGUUGCUCAAAAGAUGACAUAGUGAUAUAUCAAGGGCAAGUGGGUCCUCUACCAAGUGGGAUUCCUGGGUACAGAGUUGAAAUCACGAACAUGUGUGGCAGUGAUUGCAAUAUAUCGAAAAUACGGCUUCAUUGUGGAUGGUUCAGCUCAGCACGUUUGAUAAACCCUAAAGUGUUUCGUAGAGUUAGAUACAAUGAUUGCCUUGUGAAUGAUGGGGAGGCCCUUGGCCCAGGAAAAACCAUCUCCUUUGAAUAUGCAAACACUUUCAGCUACCCUCUCUCCGUUUCAUCUGUUGUUUGCUCCAAAAGAGUAAUGAGCUAACACUUACUUGCCUUACAAGGGGAACCUCACCCUCUGCUUUAGUUUUUUGUAAAAAUUAAACCCCUCUUUUGUAAAUAUAAACAAUGAAAAAUGAUUUAAAUUGACUUAAUUAAUUCUUUACGUACUUUCAA